CACUAAUCAAAAACGGUUUCACCAAGCGCAUCCGCAUGCGAUCGGCGGCGGUCCAUGCGGUGGUUGUGGGUGAGUGUGGCGUCGGGAAAACGUCGCUCGUUCAUGCGAUAGGUGGGGAACUCAUUCGCAAAGAGGCAACUGCCGUGUACUAUCAAGUGGCUCCCUCCAAUCGUUCUUCUCAGCCGAUUUGUGUUGUCGAAUGCGCGUCGUUGGCGCAUUGCAAGGAACUUAACCCUCAAGUGAUUGUGCUAGCGUUUGAUCUGUCCAGGCCCGACUCGUUUGCUGGCAUCAUUGCCAAGGUGCGAAAUAGUAGUUAGAAUUACUAGACUCCAUUUGUGUGGCUUUUGUUUGCAUCAAAAAUACAUCAACCCCAUCAUCCAUGGAGUGUCCAAGGAUUAUUUUCACGAGGCCGUCCAUGGCCCUAGUGGGCGACUUUUGGGGAGCAACCACACACGACAAAGACGAUCCUGGUCGGGUGCAAGUCGAACCUGGCGACGAAUGACAUGCUCGUGUCAUCGGAAGCCAAACAUUACGCGGAGACCGAAUUCGACGCGUAUUUUGAAACAUCCGACACGGUCGACCACUCGAUCGAUCAGAUCCGCCUCUUGCUUCUUCCGAGGGCCACGAGUGAGUCGCGCCCCAUCGAAACCAACGGUGGUCGUACUAUGGACAAGAACGUCGUCGUUCGAGAGACAAUUGCUGUGGACAAGGCCACGCGGGAUAUUUGGCUGUAUGACAAGAGUUUAUUCGUCCAGCAGAGUGUAGACAUUCACGGCAGCAGCAGCGCCUCCAAAGCGCGCAUCUUUUUAUCCGGCUUGGCCAUUUCCAAGCGACACGACAUUGCCGCCAAUGAACGAGGUCUUGCGCUGUCUAGUCGAUUCACGAUGCAACGUCGCAAGUCGCCCGUCGAAAUCCCCCAGGGGAGCAGUUCAAACGCGCCAAGGAAACAGAAACGUAUCCACUUGACCAAUACCGAUGGGACAUCCAGAUCAUAUUCGUUCAUGCAGCCUACGCGAGCCAGCAUCCACCGCGCAGAAGCACUCUCACGCAAGAACGAAAACAUUGACGAAUUCACGACCGAUGCACCUACAUCUGUCAGAACAAAGCCGUGUACAAAACAACCGUCGCCCAUUCUAAAGGUGCUGGACGGUCUGGCAAAGCGAACGUCCCUUCAAAGUGUCUGCGAUACAGUGGACACCAACACGAACAUGAUUGCAACCAUACCCACUGCGGACAAAGUGGAAGUCGACGGUGGCAUUGAAAUAGACGUCGAAGCGAGCCCGGUUGUGGAUCAAGUGGAGAUCUCCCUGCUUGCAGUGGAGUCGAACGACCCCCCACGACCCUUGGAAUCCCAAGUGGCUAUAGAAGGCUGGAUGGAGGCACCCGAAGUAACACCGCAUGCCGAACCCCUAGUUGACCAUGACCAACUAAUCGAGCCGCCAGCCACGACAGACGUCGUCAUGCCGCCCCCUGACGACGCAUUAAGCUCGAUCGGAGACGAUGACGACAUCACGUUCGACGACGACGAUGUAUUGGACGCAUUAGAAUCGUUUCAAUUGUCGAUAUGAAUACGUACAUACAUCCAUGUGUACACCGAUGGCCGAUAUGCGAUGGGUGUAUCGUCUGCUCUUGUCUGCGUUCUAGCCCCUUGUCCUUGGACAAAAAGUCGCGCAUUGCUGUUGAUGACAUGGAGCCCUCACAGGGCAAAUGCAAAUGUUGCCAACUGAAGUAAAGGGAUUUAACUUGAAUUUACUCGAUC